AUGUCGCUCAGCGAGAAGCUUGAGGCGGCGCGUGUCGCUCUCGGCAAGCGCAAGGAGCGUGAGCGCGAGCUGCUGGCCGCCCAGGCGCAGCAGGCGCAGGCCCAGCCGCUCCCGGUGCCGGCUAAAGCCGAGCCGUGGAAGCCGGCUCCGGCUCGCCCGGCCGCCGCCGGCGGCGGCGGCAACAAGCUCCUGGCCGGCCACCUGGCCCACGAGUUCCUCGCCCACGGCACGUUCCUGGGGCGGCGGAUCGAGCCGAGCCGCGGAGCCACGGCCCCGGCUCCGGCUCCGGCGCAGGCCGAGCCGGACCCGAAAAGGAGGUACGCGGAGGUGUCGUGGCUGCUAAUGGCGAGCGGGGCCCACGUCCCCGGCGUCGUGAACCCGACGCAGCUCGGCCGCUGGCUGCAGAUAAAGGACUGA